AUGGCGAAGACAGUUGAUGCGGAGGUCCUUGCUGGGUACAUCACCCUGGGCAACCUAGAAGGCCUGCGAAAGUUUGCACCACCUAGUUUUGACUGGCGCCAGCCUCUCACUGAAAAUCAAAUACCAGCAUUGGUACAUGUAAUAAACCAAGGACUGACCAAGCCAGGAAGGUGCCAAAACCACUUAAAGAUCGCGGAGUGGCUGCUGAAAGCUGGAGCAGAUCCAACAUACAAGAUUCCACAGCACUCAAGUGCAUAUGCUCUUUGGAAGACGACUCAGAAGGAUGAAACCAAGAUCAGUGUUUCAUAUCAAGGGCAUUCCGCUGUUUCCUACGCCUUCGCCUGGCUGGGACAACUGCAGCUGGGCAAAGGCGGUGCGGACUGGUCGACGGAGCGAAAAUAUGUAGAAGAUCUUGUGGCGCUCUUUGCGGGAACGACAGCUGGCGGGAAUCCCCAUGGUGCAGAUGUCAUCGUGCCUCAGAGUACUGUGGACAUUUGGGAGUCGAUGCGCGACUUGACUUCCUCACACAAUGUGAUCUUCGAAGCUUCAGAUGGGGAAGUGUCGGCACAAGACCAGAUCCUCAUGGUGGCGUCUCCAGUCCUGAAAGCGAUGCUCGAGUCUGCAAUGAAGGAGAGCACCAGCCGGCGCAUUCAAGUCAAGGAUUCCUCGUCCUCGGGCGUCUCGCUCUUCUUGGAUGUCUUGUACACGAGCUCUACUCGCCAGGAUCCUGACCACAAGACCAUGCUUGAGGCAAUGGACUUGGCGCACCGCUGGCAAGUCCAGGGCGUGGUGCAGUCGCUGUGCACAGCGCUGCAGAAUAUGAUUGAUGCCAAGAGCUUCGUGGCUAUCGCUGAGGCUGCAGUGCUCAAGGCGCUGCCAACACUGGAGCGAGCAUGUGCCUCCUUCGGCUCCACAAACGAGCAAGUGCAAGGAAUGCUCAAGAAAGGUAGUCUCCCAGCAGCAGUGCGGAAGCUGCUCGGAGAGUCUGAGCAUGCAAGCAGUGAGCAGCAACAGCCGAAGAAGCGGCUGCGGUUCCACUCGUCAUGA